AUGGGCGUGGGGCGUCGCCUGCGCGUGGGGGAAGGAGGCCGCAGCGACGGGACAGGGGGCGGCCAGGGUGAGGCCACGACGGGCGCAGGCCUCGGCGGCCAGAGCGAAGGAGGGGGCCGCGGGGGCGUGGGCCGGCGGCCAGGUGCGGGUGUGCGCGACGGGGCAGAACGGGGCGAGGCCGGGCGGAGCUGCGGGAGGAGGUGCGGUGGCGGGGCGGCCAAACGCACGAGCAGGGGCGGAGAGGAACGCUGGCGGCGGGGCGAGGCCGGCGCGUGGCUGAUGCGGACGGCAAUAGCGGCGGUGAGCGGGGGAAGCGGAGGAAGGAGGAGCCUCACCGCGGGGCGUAGGGUACGGGGCAGCGGUGCUCGGGGUGGGGGACGGGGACGAGGCGACGCAGGGGAGGAGGCGAGGCGACUCCGGGCGACGACGCUCCGGGCGGCGGCGGAGAGGUCCAGGGGCGGCGGGGUCGAGCGCGACGGGUGA